UUUUCUAACUUUCAGAGCAUCUUUAAGUCUCUUCGAGACAGAAGCUAUUUUACAAUGCUGAAGCUGACCCUUGUGCUGUUGGGCGUGAGCGCCUGCUUGGCCUACCCCGGUGAGACGGAGGUGGAAGGUCGUGGGGCUCUACUCGGCGGAGGCCUCGGAGGUCCCGGCCUGGUCGGCGGGGGCGUCGGCCCUGGCUUCGGUGGUGGCUACGGUGGUGGCUACGGUGGCGGCGUUGGUGGCUUCGGAGCAGGCUACGGACACCAGGCCGGCGCGUCUCAGGGCGGCUUCCAGGCCGGAGCCGCUGGGCACAAGCAAGGCAGCGGCGGCUUCGACUCCGGAAACCAGUACAAGAACGUGCAGGGCUACAGCAACUCGGCGGGACACCGCAACAGCCAGGGAUUCUCUUCGUCCAGCAACAACCAGUACGGAUCGGGCUUCGGCCAGGGCUCCGCGGGCUUCAAGGGCGGUGCCGCUGGAUCCCAGGGCUCCUACGGCUCUCAGGGCUUCGGCACUCAGGGUUUCGGCGUCGGUCAUGGCGUUGGCUAUUAAAUGAGCGGUGACGACAAAGACCAAGACCAAAGCAAGGAACACUAGGCGCACUAAAGCCGCUUGGUUGCAACUUUGAAGGAAUCAGAACGGAAGUGUAUAUAAACGAAGGAAUAAACUUUUUCGUCACAAUAA